AACGAUAUGUUAUUCAGCAUUACAGACGCGAACUACAGCCAGUCAGCAGCUGUUAUAUAUUGAGUAGUGAGCCCUGAAAAGUUAUGAAAUUAAUAAAUAAAGUGUAAACGAAAAAUAUUUUGUGAUUUUACGCAAUUUUCAUUCGAAUUGCAUAAUUUGAUAAAGUUUUCUCGAGAAAAGCAGGAGCAGUUGUUGUUGCACGCAAUAAUGAGUCGUCGCUGUUAACCGUUAACAGUUGAGCAAAAUGUUAGCUUUGUUGUUUGGCACAAAUUUACUUAAUUAGUAUGGGAAAACGUCGAACGCAAUCUCUAAUGGACUCAAAUUCAAGCAACAGUGACAGCGACACAGACACCAACCUGGAAUCGGACUUGCUGUCGGUGGCCCGAAAACGCAAGAAGCCAAGCAAUGUCACAAAAGCGACAAACUCCAAGUCCGAUUCGGACUCGGACUGGGCUAAUAAUAAAUCGGGUGCGCCCGCCUCAAAAAAGAAGCGCCAAAAGAAGACGAGCAGAGACUCGAGUUCCUCGGAGGAGAAUUGGGACGACGAUAGUCAGGAUGAGGCAGCGCCAACAAAUGCCCCUGCUCCCAUCGAAAAGCGUCCCGAACCCGAACUGCAUAAAAAGGCAGACAAUCACAGUGAACAGGAGGAGGGUGAAGUCUCCGACAGUGAUUCGGAUAACGAUAAAUCCAAAUCGAAAUCAACAUCGUCGUCGGGCUCGGGCUCCGGCUCUGGCACAGAUUCCUCAGACUCUUCAUCGUCGAGUUCGGAUUCGGAAUUUGACGAUGGUUACGAUGAUGAUCUGAUGGGCGAUGAGGCGGAUCGCAAGCGACUCAACGGAUUGUCGGAGAAGGAGCGCGAAACGGAGAUAUUCAAACGAAUCGAACAGCGCGAUAUUAUGCGCACCCGCUGGGAGAUCGAGCGGAAGUUAAAGCUCGCCCGCCGUGGCGAAAAGAACGAGAAAUCGAAGACAAAGGGCGAUCGGGCCAAAAAGAAGUCUAAGAAGGAGAAGCGACUCAAGAGGGCCAAAGAGCUUGUAGCACCAACCAUGCAUCAGGCAUCCGUCGGCGCUGAUACCGAUCCCAGCAAGAGUGGCGCAGUAGAACCACGCACCAUGGCCAAGAGUCCGUCACCGCCGUUGACCUCGAUGCGCGAGGGUCCAUCCACAUCUAUGGCAAGUUCCGGUUCAGGUGGUGGUGCACCCAGAAGCAGCAGCGCCGAGCGAAUUGCCGAGGAGCAAAGGGCCAGCGACGUGGCCGAUUACUUUGAUCACAAGGAGCGCUCCAAGGAGCGCAAGAAGAACGUCGAGGCAAACAAAACGGAUGACAAGCGCAGCAACGCAAUGGCCAUGCUAAAAGCCAAGCGAGAAGGAAAAGCCAAGCGAGAGGAGGAGGAAGCGAAGCGACAAGCGGAACGCGAUCGAGAUGAUGAUAAAGAGGAAUUGGAGAGCGUCUCCGGUUGUAAAUCGGCUGUGAAACUGAAAGCAUCCGAAAUCUAUUCCGAUGAUUCCGGCAGCAGUGACUGGGACGACGAUGAGAAGCCGACAGACAAAAGAUCCCGUUCGAACAGCAGCAAAGCCUCCAGCGAAUCGGAGGACGAUGACAAGGCGACCAAGGAUCCCGUAUUUAUAACCACCCGUGAGGAUCUCAACAAGUUGCGAUUGUCUCGCUUCAAAAUGGAGCGUUUUGUUAAUCUGCCCAUAUUUGAGAGCACCGUCGUCAAUUGCUUUGUGCGCAUCAGCAUUGGCAACAACGGGCAGAAGCCCGUUUAUCGCGUUGCCGAAAUCGUUGGCGUUGUGGAAACUGGCAAAAUCUAUAGUUUGGGUACGACGCGUACGAAUCGUGGACUACGCUUGAAACAUGGCACACAGGAGCGUGUCUUUCGGCUGGAGUUUAUCUCGAAUCAGGAGUUCACCGAAACGGAGUUCAACAAAUGGGUCGAUAUCUGCCAGCAGUCGCAUGUGCCGAUGCCCACAAUUGAUCUCAUCGAGAUCAAAGCCAACGACAUUAAGAAGGCGCUCAACUAUGAGUACAAGGACGAGGAUGUCGACAAGAUCGUUGAGGAGAAGAAUCGCUUUCGCAAUCGACCCACCAACUAUGCCAUGAAAAAGACCUGCCUGAUGAAGGAACGCGACGCGGCGAUGCUGCGCGGCGAUUACGACAUCGCCAACGAUCUGGGCCAGCAGAUCGAUCAGCUGGAGAGCCGUGCCUCCGAACUGGACAAGCGACGUUCGCACAGUCUCAAUUUGAUUUCGUACAUCAACGAUCGCAAUCGCAAGCGCAAUGUGCAGGAUGCCGAGAAGGCCAUCAUGGAGGAGGCGCGUGCCAACAAAGGCCAGAAGAUAUCGGAUCCGUUCACGCGUCGCAUCACCCAGCCCCGUAUGGGCUUCAAGGGUGGCGUCAAAAAGGAUGAUGAAGAUAUGCUGUUGGCACCGAUGCCGCCGCCACCGCCGGGCAAAAAGAAAGCGAAUGAGACGAGUACUUCCAAUAAUGCAAAGCCAAGCGAUGGCAAGGACUACAGUCUGUACUCGCUGCACGACUUUGAUAUAGACCUCGAUGUGCCGCUGCCAGUGAACAGCGCCAAUGCGUUGCCCAAACCGGCGAACAAGCCAACCGAAACGGUGUCCAAACGUUCACUCAACCUGGAAGAUUACAAAAAGAAGCGCGGCCUAAUCUAGUGUUGCACCCAAUUAAUGACGACGUUCUUUAUCCCCCAUCCCCCAUAGGCUAGUAGUAUGAGUUACGAGUAAUUAAACGUAAUCGAUUAUUGUAAGAGACAAGUUUUGUUAACGCUGCUCCAAACUUUGUAGGCGUAAUUUACAACAUUGUACGAUGCUUACGAAUACAUCGCUUUGUACUGGAUAUGUGGACGA